UCUCGCUCUGUGUCUGUGCUGUGUGGUUUCAGGUCCUCUCUCUCGCUCCUCCUCAUGGAUAUCAAAAUCCCUCUGUUAAACCCUAAAUACCAAAUCCCCAGUUGAAUAUCUUCCCGCCAUUCCUCCUUCUUUGGAAAUUUCCCAUUUUUCCCUCCUGCCCCCAUAGAAAUGCCUGUGAGAUCCAUCCAUGGACGGGGAGGCUAACCUUCCAGUCCGACCCGCUGGGGCGAGGAAUUUGAUCCGUCCGACCAACCUGGAUUCCACAUCGUCUUCGUCUUCGUCAUUCUCUUCCUCGUUCUCCUCCUCCUCUUCGCCGCACUUACUCCGCAAUGUUCAAGCCGCCUUCAAGCGUCACCGCCCUCUCGGAGUAAUGCAGUCAAAUAGCAUAAAACCGCGGCGUAUGGUGGUCCCCCAGCGAGGCGCAUCCAAAAGUUCCGCUUCAAGUGUGGCCCCUCUGAUUGACACCAAGAAGUCGAGAGAAGUAGCUUCAAUGAGUGAGGGUAAUGCUGCAAAGGAUUCAACUGUGCAGCCAAACAACAUGCCCACUGUUGUCAAGGAAACUCAAGAAGAUGCAUGUAUUACACCAUUUUCCAGUUCAGGCGCUAGCACCCAAACCUUUGAUGAACACUUAAACCCAUUUGAUGGGCAGAUAGAUCAAAUCAAACCUGGUGGUAAAGACAAUAAUCAGAUGUGUCCCGUGAAUUUCGAGUCUCAACAGAUCGAUGGUAAAAAAAAAGUCCAAUUUUCAACGGGAAGCAUUGCCACUCCCCUGGGGGCCGAUGAUGAUAUGGCCACUGGAUUGGAGUACUUAUCAUCUCAUAUGCGUUCACUUGCAUUGACAGAAAUGGAAUGGGUUUCCAGCAGUCAAGCAGAGGCUUCAGCUGUUAUCAAUCAUGACUCAAAGCAUCAGAAUAUUCAGAACACAGAAUCUGAUAUCAGUUUGAAGUCUGAUGGUGGGAUUUCUUCUUCCUUGGCAAAGAGAACAACCGCCAUUCAUGAUCAGUUGCAUCAAUUCAAGAACUUCUUAAGCCAGCCUGUGACUCAAUCCUCAGUUGUUGGGCCAUCAUGUGCUACGACAACGUCUGUCCAUGCUACUUCAGCACCCAUGCUUAGCUCGACAACUUAUUGUACUCAUUUGCAUAGUGAUUCUCAUGUGGCAGUAGAACCUUCGGGGGAUUUUAAUAUAAAUCCUCAACCAGUAACUCAAGGGAAAAUGAUAAAGCCCUCAAAUGCUUCUUUAAAGGACAGCAGUGGAAUGUCAACUGACCAUAUAGCUGUUGCAGUCCAAACUUCUACCGCUGCAAUUGAUACCCGAAUGCAAGUUAAGGAAUAUGACCUUUCUAAGGAGCAAAAAGGCUGCAUGCUGAAGGAAACUAAGAUUAUGGAAAAUCCUUCUCUUCUUGAUGCUAAGUCAAUUGAAGGGAAAGGGUUUACGGGUGAUGUUACCAAUCCACAAUCUCAGGCUCCUUUGCCCCAAAAUUCGUGUACUGAUAUGAAGUUAGAGUCUUCUAAAUCAGAAAAACAACAAAAGGCUGCAAGUGGUAAAGGUGCAUCAGCCCCUCGUAAAAGGAAUUAUGAUCCUGACUUGUUUUUUAAAGUUAAUGGGAAGCUCUAUCAAAGGCUCGGAAAAAUAGGUAGCGGAGGGAGCAGUGAGGUUCACAAAGUCAUAUCAUCAGACUGUACAAUCUAUGCACUUAAGAAAAUCAAGCUCAAAGGACGUGAUUACGCUACUGCUUUUGGCUUUUGUCAGGAAAUUGAGUAUUUGGAUAGACUGAAAGGAAAAAACCAUAUCAUACAGCUUAUAGACUACGAGGUGACAGAUAAGGCUUUGCUCCGUGAAGUCUUGAGUGGCUCCAUGAGUAAUAAAGAUGGCAGAGUCAAGGAUGACGGGUACAUAUACAUGGUGCUUGAAUAUGGCGAAAUUGAUUUAGCUCACAUGCUGUCCCAGCAGUGGAAGGAAAUGGACGUCUCUAAAAAGACCAUAGAUGAGAACUGGCUACGAUUCUACUGGCAGCAAAUUCUUCUGGCGGUUAACACUAUACACGAGGAACGAAUUGUCCACUCUGACUUGAAGCCAGCUAAUUUCCUGCUUGUCAAAGGCUCCCUAAAGCUAAUUGAUUUUGGGAUUGCCAAAGCGAUAAUGAGUGAUACAACCAACAUCCAAAGGGAUUCUCAGGUGGGUACACUUAGCUACAUGUCUCCAGAAGCAUUCAUGUGCAACGAGAGUGAUGCAGAUGGAAACACUAUCAAGUGUGGUCGGCCGUCAGACAUCUGGUCUCUUGGUUGCAUCCUUUAUCAGAUGGUAUACGGGAGGACCCCAUUUGCAGACUACAAGACCUUCUGGGCCAAGUUCAAAGUUAUAACAGAUCCCAACCAUGAAAUCACAUAUGCACCAGUCUCUAACCCCUGGCUUCUGGAUCUUAUGAAAAAAUGCCUUGCAUGGGACCGCAAUGAAAGGUGGCGGAUUCCUCAGCUGCUUCAACACCCUUUCAUUGUUCCCCCGGUUCCAAACCAGCCAUCUUUGCCUCAUGACGAAAACUGUAAACUGCUUCAACUUAUUGCCCAAACUUGUGAAAAUGACUCUGAAGCUUCCAAGCUAUGUUGUCAAAUCCAGCAACUACUUAAGGACCCUGUCCCCUCAAUAGGGUCUCAGUUAAUAACAUCGCGAGACCAACAUUGUAAAUUGCUCUCCCAAAUGUCAAGGCUUUGCUUUCAGCUCCAGGAACAUUUAAUAUCAAAUUCAGAGGGAUAAUAGGUGAAGGUCCAAGCAUUUUUUAUCACAAUUUCAGCCCCCAUUUUUGCGAAACUCAGAUGUCAGGUGGUAUCCACUUUUGUCAGCUGAUUUCGGCUCAUAGGGAAAUCAUGCUCGGUUACCAUCAUUCUCUUCCAUCUCUUUGUAAUGAUAUGUAAUAUUCCUGCUGUGUUAUUUUGUUUUGUUAAAUAUAAUAGAAAAUCUGCUCAGAGUGAUUGGCGUGUAGUUCCUUA